AUGUCGAGCUCUGCAGACGAUGAGGCGGAGGAGGCCCUGAAGGACCUCAUGGCCGUAGGCGAGCAGCUCCCAAGUUUGCUGCUUUCUGUUUGCCGCAGAGCUGCAGCAGUAGCCAGCAGCUCAGGUUUCCCCGACGAACCCACUUCUGAGGGCCCCCCAGCGGGGCCCCCAGGGGGCCCCCCGGGGGGCCCCCCAGGGGGCCCCCCUGGGGGCCCCCUGGGGGCCUCGGGUUUAGGGUUUGUGAAGAAAAGGGUUUUGGACUUGUCGCUGAAAGCAGCAGCAGAAAUAGAAAGGGUUUUGGGGAGGAAGGAGGCAGCUGAGGGUUUACGAGAAAAAGCGACGCAAAUCUUGUGUGUGGGGAGCAGCGGCGCCGCUGCUGCUGCUGCUGCUGCAGCUGCUGCUGCAGGCGUGGUGUCUCUUGACAGCAGCAGCGGCAGCAGCAGCAACAGCAGCAGCAGCAGCAAAAGAAGCAGAAACAAAAGUGCCCCUGCUGCUGGAGUUGCUGCUGCUGCUGCGCGUCGUGCUGCUUCGGGCGUUGGUGCUGCAGCUGCUGCUGCAGCUGCUGUUGCUGCUCCUGCUUGGGGUUUUCCCGCUUUGGGUGCUGCUGCUGCAGCUGCUGCUGCAGUUGACGUCGUUGCUUUCACUAAUGCUGCUGCUGCUGCUGCGGCUGCUUCGUUUUUGUGCUGUCCUGUCUCCGUUUGGCUGCGCGUGUCUCUCCCCUCUUUAUAA